ACAACACAGGAGUGCGCAUGUGCGCGCACACAAACACUACACACGCAGAACUGAAUGGACAGUGUGUGUGUGUGUGAGAGAGAGAGAGUAUAUGGAGUGGAGGAAGGCUGGAUGCUUCAGCUCUCUAAAGGACGCUAUGUUUUAUUUAUUUAAUUCUUACUUCUUUAUUAUAAGCAAGACAGUGUGAUAUUAUUAUUAUUAUUAUUAUUAUGAUGGCCAAGCUGCCUGGGAAUGAAGAUGGAGACACCGACGUGGACUCUGGGGAUGGAGAAGACCUGUGUCUGGAAGAGAUUUUAAGCCUCUAUGCUCAGCCCAUAAAUGAAGAACAAGCUUGGGCAGUUUGUUACCAGUGCUGCCAGUUUUUCAGCCAGUUUAAACGCAGGAGGCGGAAUUCCCAUUCCCAUUCCCAAUCCCAAUCCCGUUCAGAUGUUUACAGAAAGAUUGAAGGACCAGGCGAUGUGCGGAUCUGUAAAGAUGGGACUAUUAAAGUGCACCACAGGAACAUCUCAGAUAAAUACACACCGCAUAAUUCCUCCACAGAGGUGAUCGAGUCUCUGGGCAUUAUGAUUUACAAAGCGCUGGACUAUGGGUUGAAGGAGAACGAAGAACGGGAGCUCAGUCCUCCCCUCGAGCAGCUAAUUGACCUAAUGACCAACAUGGCCAACAUGGAGGUAGACGCCUGCCCUGACGAAGGGUACGAAGCCAACGAGGAGGACGAGGGAGAGGAAGAACAGACGGAGGUCUCGAGCAUCCGAGGCUACCGAGACAUCAUGACGCUCUGCACAUCCCACCUUCCGAGUUCAUCAGACGCUCCUAACCACUACCAGGCCGUGUGCCGAGCGCUGUACGCCGAGACCAAGGAACUCCGGACCUUCCUGGAAAAGAUCAAGAAUGCCAAAGAGAAUUUGCGGCGUAUGGAGGUAGGAACUCCCGAGGAACCUGUCCGAGACCUGAACGAGCUACAGAAUGACGAUUGGGCUCGGUUCUGGGUGCAAGUGAUGAGGGACCUGAGAAACGGUGUGAAGCUGAAGAAAGUGCAAGAGCGACAGUACGACCCUCUGCCCAUCGAGUACCAACUCACUCCCUACGAAAUGCUCAUGGACGACAUCCGCUCGAAGCGCUACAAGCUCCGCAAAGUCAUGGUGAAUGGGGACAUUCCUCCAAGGUUAAAGAAGAGUGCUCAUGAGGUCAUACUGGAGUUUAUCCGUUCCAGACCUCCCCUGAAUCCGGUCUCGGCACGUAAGCUGAAGCCUCAUCCUCCAAGACCUCCGAGCCUCCAUGAGCGAAUCCUGGAGGAGAUCAAAGCCGAGAGGAAGCUGAGGCCCGUUUCUCCCGACAUGAUCCGUAGGAGCCGGCUCGGCGCAGGCAAAAGCAUCAGCACUCCCCAGGACUUGUUCCGAUGCUCAGACACGCCGGGUACACCCAGGAAGAAGAUCGCGGUCAGCACACUGGCGUUGGCCGAUGACGCACCACCUUCUCCGAACCCUGCGGACGGAGCACAGCCAUCGUCAAAGAUGAAGAAAUUGCUCAAAGCGCCGACACUGGCCGAGCUCGAAAGUUCUGACUCUGAAGAUGAAACGAGCACACGUACAUCAAUCAGCAGCUCCAGCAUAUCCACUGCUGUGGUGGACGACACGUCUCCAGGUUCCGUCAUGGGCAAAAAGACCCCUCCCCGGUUCCUCCCCAUAUCGUCCACCCUUCAGUCUGACCGCCACGUGGCUCCUCAGCGGAGGCACUCCAUUGAGAAAGAGGCCCCAACCGGCGUUCGUCCACUCAUGCGUCCUUCUCGCCUGAGCUCCAGAUCUCUGGAGGAAUUUUGCUACCCUGUGGAGUGUCUGACUCUGACUGUCGAGGAAGUGAUGCACAUCAGACAGGUUCUGGUCAAAGCCGAGCUUGAAAAGUUUCAGCAGUACAGAGAUGUCUACAAUUCCCUGAAAAAAGGAAAGCUUUGCUUUUCUUGUCGGACAAAGAAGUUCUCCUUUUUCACCUGGUCCUACACCUGUCAGUUCUGUAAGAGACCUGUGUGUUCACAGUGUUGUAAGAAGAUGAAGCUGCCCUCCAAGCCUUAUUCCCACCUGCCCAUUUACGCUUUUGGAGCCGCUACCAUGCCUAAGAUGGAAGCUGGAGUCACAGCCCAAGUGGACAAGCCGUCAUCCAACCAGUACAACAGCCUAAAACCCUCUACAUCCAGACCAUCCAAGCAUGGGGAGUACACCACCUCUCGAGAUGAAGUGGAGUUUCCAAAGGAGAUGACGGAGGGCUGGAGCACCAUGGAGGUGUGCGUGGACUGCAAGAAGUUCAUCAACGACAUCAUCUGCUCCAGCAGACGCAGCUUAUCCACGGCUAGCACACGAUCCCGUAUGAAGCGUAAAACUCAGUCCUUGUACAUGUCUCCCUCCAGAUCCCGCGAUUUUCGUCCCUCAGAACGGACCAUCAAGGAAGUGUAGGAGGAAGCUCUGACUCUGGUGCGGCCACGUUAGCCGCCAAUACUUUACAAAAUGGUGGAGACUUUGUGGCCUGGCACAGUCAUUUAUUCAUCCCGUUUAGUCUUGGAGAAUGACUCGCUCUGUUCUAUAUGACCGAUGUUAAGGUGUGUCUUAUGUACGACGAUGGUCAAAAUAAUAUCUCGGUAAUAUCUGUAUUUUAUCUUCCGUGCAAAACGUGACUGGAAGAAUGAGCUCCUGUCCUUUCCUGCUGUCCUGUAUGUCAUCCUAUGGCUCUAGGGAUCAUUUUCCUUUCCUUGUGACUGAACGUCUUGACAAAGUGUUAGCAUUUCUAAUGGUUUGGCCCGGCUAUCCAGUUCGUCCUGUCCGUUUAGUCCAAUUUCAUCACGGAGAAUGUCUUCCACAUCCAGAAUGAAGACUAGAUAGUGUGAUGGCUACCGUAUUACCAAAUCAAAAGGAAUCUUAUCAAGAGUUUUAUACUUCCUGAGUUUUGUUUUCCAGAGGUGGCUGAAAGAAUGAAUUUCUGUCCUCCUUUAACCACACCAGCCCAGUCCCCCUGUCUCAGGGAAAGAAAAAAAAAAAAAAAAAGGAAAAUGUGAAGUUAAACUAUGGAAAUAUAGUUUACCAAAGGCUUCAUAGCCCCUUUUUACCAGCUGUUUUCGUAUUCCAGAUGUGCAUAUAACACUGGGAGAAAAGGUGACCUGAAUGAGACCUGAAUGUAUAUUUUUAUUCGAAAGAGAACCAUACAGUUGUAUGUAAAUAGUAUGCUGAAGGAUCAGCCCGGACAUGUAAAUAAUGUUUAUUUCCCUGACUCAGGAAUAAAUGAAGAAGACAGACCGGCAGAGAGACCGGGGACUCGGCAGUCUGCCCUCCUUUGCCCAUUUACUGACCAAAUGCAUUUCUCCUCAUUUGGUGUUUUGUUUAAACUGCUGCUUUGUUAGUCAGAUGGUUUGAUAACUGCAAAAAAAAAAAAAAACUUUCAGGAUAUAGAUAUUUUUACUUUGGUUUGAUUAUGGUGUUUAAGGCUAGUUUAAAGAAAAAAAGUAAGCAAAUUCAUUUCCCAACCUCAGCUUCUUAACAUUGUCUAGGGAUUUGGAUGAGGCUUCUUAAAGAAAAGCUCGCUCGUGCCAAAAUAACACUCUACAAUCCGAACUUUGUGUUUUGGACCUGCUGUACAUAGUUGAUAUCAUAUGUUGAAGUUGCGAUCAGGCAGUAGGAGUUGCAUUUAGCAACCUGAUCUAUCUAAUAUCUAAUAUAUUAUCUUGUAACCUCUUAUGUUGAUAGUUUUAAAAUAUUAUAAUUAAUUAUUUUCAUGGUCAAAUAAUUUUGCCAUGUUUUCACAGGAUGCACUUUGAAAUGACAGCAAAUGCUGGGUUUGUUCUAUUCAUGUUUUGUUUUUUGGUUUGUUUUUUAAGACCUUUCCAGCGCCACGUUACUUUCCUUCACUCUUUCAGUCACUCGGCUUGGUGUGAAGCUGUUCGGUCAAGCGUGAUCAGCUUGAACAGUGGGCCUUUAGGUAUUUUCCUUUCCCUUUCAUCUCUUGAAUGUGCAUACAGAAGAAAACCGCACCAGUCACAUGUUCUGAUGGCUGAAUGCUGUGCAGACGUUCCAGACUGUCGGUUCACUCACUGUAUUGCCUCUCUGUUAAAAGAUGAAAAAUGCGCAUGUAAAAGUUAUGGUUAUGAAUUUUUAAAAAAAAUGUGAUUCAAUUGAUAAUAAACACAUUUGAUGUAGCAA